GCGACCCCUGUGACGUAGGGCCGGUAUGUGCGUAAGUUACCUAUGAUGCUUCUCCGUACAGAUCGCAAAACCCCACUCCCAUGACAAGCCCCGCCGACUGCCUCUAUUAUCUCAAUGGACCACGGUGCUUUUCUUUGUCCAUCACGUCAACUAGGAUCGACGUUUUGCGUUGGAUUAUUCACACAGUGAUCCCAAAAAAUACCUUUGAAGGCCCUGGAUUUGUUUGAAUGAUUUAGCCUCGUUAUUUUGCGUCUUUGAAGUACUUUGCAACGUUUAUCUGCAUGAGACACGACCCGGGGUAUUUGGAUUGAUUUCUAUAUUACUAGCAUCCUCCUUUACCCCCCAAAUAUACUCUGGAUAUAUAGAUAUAAGGGGCAAUUAUGGAUAUCCAGGUAGACCGGUUAGUCGAUAAGAUCUGGGGGAAAACCCAAUCUACGCCAGAUGAUUCCCGGUUGAUGAUAGCAGUGAGUGGCAUACCGGGAUCCGGAAAGACAGCACUCGCCAGCAUGAUGGCAAACCGCAUCAACCAACUCUACGCGGCACAGCAUCUCAAUUCACCGCCUAUCGCGACUGCUAUCCCUAUGGAUGGGUAUCAUCUUACGCGGGCGCAACUCGCUCAAAUGCCCGACCCGGUGUAUGCUGCUGCGCGACGGGGUGCAGCUUUCACCUUUGACGGGGAGAAGUUUUUGAAACUAGUCCAGGCUCUGCGGGAGCAGUUGACGCCGGAGACCCAAAGCUUGUACGCACCAAGCUUUGAUCAUGCAGUCAAAGAUCCUGUCGACGAUGAUAUUGCCAUCCCCGCCACCUGCAGGGUUAUCUUCUUCGAGGGUAAUUACCUAAGUUUAAAUAAAGAGCCAUGGAAUAAGGCGGCACAGCUGAUGGAUGAGCUUUGGUUUGUGGAUGUUGAAUUCGAAACAGCUCGAAAGAGGUUGAUUCGGAGGCACGUCAAGGCGGGUAUCGCGAAGGAUGAAGCCGAGGCAGAUAAGCGAGCGACAGAAAAUGACCUUGUGAAUGGCCGGGAAAUCGUGGACUAUAGGUUGCCCGUCCAGGAGAUAAUUACAAGUCAUUAUGACCCUAACUGGGACCAGUGACUGACAGGUCUUGGUGGAUUUUCGGUGCGGGUAUGAGGAAUAGAUGGUUGAUCGCAGCAAGACACAUCGUAGAGCGUUUCUUUUUGUUUUAGUUUCUUAAAGAAAACCUCAUAGAAUGGGGAUAGGGAGCGUUACAUAACAGUAGGUAUACUAUAUUUAGACGCAUGGGGAGUCUGGCCACUUAUGUAUUAGUUUAGCUUAUUGCAAGCUGUUGGAUAAAUUUAGGAUAAUAAAAGGACUGAGACAAUGUUACUUGAUACCUGACUUGGCAUUGAUAACCCAUCAUUUUAACCUAAAAGGUGCAGAAU